AUGUCAAUUCCAUGGUCCGAACGAGGUCGUGCAGACAAUGGCCCUCUGCUACCCACCUCGUCAACGCCAACAAUCACUGGCCCAGGCGCUGAUGGCCCCGAGUACGAUCAGCCACCAUCGCGACCGCGCCAUAACCGAACAACGUCGGCGCAUGCUCGUAGUGUCGCAGACGAGUUCUCGUUCAUGACACCAAGCGAAGCCGCCGCCCGCCUACGAACGUCAUUGACUCACGGUCUUACCCCGAACGAAGGCCUCACCAGACUCGGCAGCCAUGGUCCCAACGAGAUUCCCCAUGAGGACCCUGAGCCUCUCUGGCUGCGCUUUCUCAAGCAAUUCCAGGAGCCCCUCAUUGUGAUGCUGCUGGUGUCUGCAGGCGCAUCGCUGCUCCUGGGCAAUACCGAUGAUGCAGUUAGCAUUACCGUCGCUGUUACUAUUGUUGUCAGCGUUGGCUUCAUACAAGAAUACAGAUCUGAGAAAUCCAUUGAAGCACUGAAUCAUUUGGUCCCGAAUCACGCUCACCUUCUGCGCGGCUCGCCUCACAAGCCUUCCGCUCCGAGAGGCCCUGCGCUGCCCUCCAACAUCACAAAUGCUCAAGAUAUUGGGGAUCCUGGCACCAGAACUCCGGAAGACACCGUUCUAGAUGCCACUUCUUCCAAGGUCAUGGCCUCUCAGCUGGUGCCGGGCGACUUGGUUUUGUUCACCACUGGCGAUCGCAUUCCAGCCGACAUUCGUGUCAUCAAGGCCGCGGAUCUCACAAUUGACGCUUCUAAUCUUACUGGUGAAACUGAUCCUGUUCGACUCGGCACUGAAGCGAAGCGUCGCCACGUUAUGCCCCAAUUUGACAACGAAGCGUCCCGCUCUACGCUCGCGCCCAACUCCAGCGCCAGCAUGGAAAAUAUUGCCUACAUGGGAACCCUGGUCAAGUCUGGCCACGGCCAGGGCAUCGUUUUCGCGACUGGUGGAGCCACUCAAUUCGGUGCUAUUGCAACAAGUGUGUCUGGAACUGAAAGCCCUCGUUCGCCUUUGCAGCUUUCUAUGGAUGAUCUGGGCUCACAGCUCAGCAAGGCGUCCUUUGUUGUCAUCGGCCUCAUCUCUCUCGUCGGUUUUCUGCAGGGCAAGAAAUUCUUGGAAAUCUUUACCAUUUCCAUUUCCUUGGCUGUUGCCGCCAUUCCUGAAGGUCUGCCCAUCAUCGUCACUGUCACGCUCGCUCUCGGCGUACACCGCAUGGCAAAACACAAUGCCAUUGUGCGCCGCAUGCCCAAGGUCGAGACGCUCGGGUCCGUAAAUGUCGUCUGCACCGAUAAGACGGGCACUCUCACGACCAACCACAUGACGAUAGCUGAGAUGUGGCAUUUUGGCCGAGACGUCAUCAAUGUUGAGGAAGAAGCCGAAGCCAUGGAAUCGAGCCCCUCGCAGGCUGCCUCUAGAAUAAUGCGCAUUGCCAACAUUGCCAACGAUGCACGACUUUCGCAUAGCCAUACAGAAGGUGCCGUCCCAUCCCUGGCUGUUAUGUCGUCGACUUUGGGGGGUAGAGGUGACUCUCCCUCGUUCACAAGAUGGGUCGGUCCGCCUACCGAUGUCGCCAUGAUGGAUCUCCUGGACAGAUUCAAGGAGCAUGAUGCCCGUGAAUCUUCCGGAGCUCGUGUAAACGACAUCCCAUUCAACUCUGAGAGGAAGUGGAUGGGCGUUAUUAUCGGUAAUGAGAAGGAAUACGCUUACAUGAAAGGAUCCAUUGAAAAGGUUAUUGCAGCUUGCGAUACAUACCUUGACAAAGAUGGCCGAGAAAUUGUUCUCGACACCACUCGCCGACAAGAGGCAAUUCAGGCUGCGGAGUUGAUGGCUUCAAAAGGCCUCCGCGUGAUCGCCUUUGCUAGUGGGCCUGUAUCGCGUUCUGGCAGAUCUAACACACGAGCCAGCACGCCUGGGGCGGAAACGCCUUCUAUUCUUCCUGGGGAGGACGCCUUUAAGGGUCUGACAUUCGCUGGACUUGUUGGCAUGAGCGAUCCCCCUAGGCCUGGUGUCGGCAAAUCCAUUCGACGAUUGAUGCGCGGAGGUGUCAGGGUUAUUAUGAUUACUGGAGAUGCGGAAGCGACAGCUCUUGCUAUUGGCAAGCAGCUGGGUAUGAAUAUCGCUAGUGCCAGCUCGUAUGCCGCCGGACAAACUACCGUCAAGCCAGUGCUGCUAGGCGACGACAUCGACAAAAUGUCUGAUGAAGCCCUUGCGGAUGCCAUACAGCACACCACCAUCUGUGCUCGAACGACCCCCGAUCACAAGCUCAAGAUCAUUCGUGCUCUGCAAUCUCGCGGCGAUAUUGUCGCCAUGACUGGUGACGGCGUCAAUGAUGCGCCUGCGCUGAAGAAGGCCGACAUCGGCAUUUCCAUGGGUCGCCAUGGCACUGAUGUCGCCAAGGAGGCUUCCGAUAUGAUUCUCACUGAUGACGACUUCUCGACCAUUCUUCACGCUAUCGAGGAAGGCAAGGGUAUCUUUAACAACAUUCAAAACUUUCUAAGAUUCCAGCUUUCCACCAGUGCUGCUGGGUUGUCGCUGGUGUUUCUCUGCACCUUGCUCGGCUUCAAGAAUCCGCUUAAUCCAAUGCAGAUUCUCUGGAUCAACAUCAUCAUGGAUGGUCCUCCCGCUCAAUCUCUUGGCGUGGAAGCUGUUGACCCAGAUGUCAUGAACAAGCCCCCUCGUAAACGAAAUGAUCCUGUGCUGACACGCGGUGUCAUAACACGCGUAUUCAUAUCCGCUUUCAUCAUCAUGGUUGGAACCAUGUUGAUAUAUAGCCACGAGAUGCUUGCCGACGGCGAGGUCACGCGACGUGAUACGACCAUGACCUUUACCUGCUUCGUUCUGUUCGAUAUGUUCAACGCCUUGAGCUGCCGGUCCGAAAGCAAGUCUAUUCUCCGCGGCGAAGUUGGCCUAUUCUCCAACAACCUCUUCAACUGGGCCGUGUCUCUGAGCAUUGUGGGCCAGAUUCUUGUUAUAUAUUUGCCAGCUCUCCAGGAGGUGUUCCAGACAGUGCCUCUGACGUUUGGCGAUCUCUUCCGUUUAACGAUUCUCUGUAGCACAGUUUUUUGGGCUGACGAGCUGAGAAAGUAUUUGAAGUACGGCCAACGGCGUUUGGUCAGCGGUUAUAGCCAAGCUGUAUAG